UCCACUGGCUCGCUCGGUGCUGAAGUUGGGCGGAUGGACGGAAAACACCUCUGAUGGAGAUAAAACGGCAGCACGUAAUCUCAACGCGUGAUACCCCCGAUAUCCGCAUAAACACGUGUAACGACACCCUUUUAGAAGAUUGACAUCUAGAACAAAAGGGAUGUCUUAUCCUGGAUCAUUUAGCCCUUGACUCAAGGAAAGGGUGUGCCUGCAAAUACCAGGUGUUUGAAACCUACCUCCACCCACCUCCCGCAUUCUCCAUCAGGCAUGAUAAGAAGAUACAAGAGGCCACAUUUUGUUUUCCAGCACUCUGCCCGUCUCAGCGUUUGACAUUACAGUCAUGAUUUUCUUACCUGAUCUUCGGAUGGAUUGCUGCUAAUUUGCAUGCCUCAAAGUCUGAGUGGAGUUGAAAUGAGGAAAAGGCAGCAGGGACACAUUGAAGGACCCCCGCAGGCGCCUGGUCACCCGAGGCCCAACACCUGCUGUCUGUGUUGGUGUGGAUGCUGCAAAUGCCUCUGGAAUGAAGACAGAAGGGAACGUUCAGAGAGGCAAACAUGUACAAAGAUGGAUAGCAUAGAAGCAACAGAGGAACAGCAUCCCACACUGGAUGAGAUGAGUGCCUGGUCACGGAGCUUUGAGAUGGUGAUGCGCUCUCCAGAGGGGAGGGAUGUUUUCCGGGAGUUCUUGCGGUCUGAGUACAGUGAAGAAAACCUGAUGUUCUGGAUCGCCUGUGAGGAACUAAAGAAAGAAACCAACCCAUUAACUAUCGAUGAAAAAGCCAGGAUCAUUUAUGAAGACUACGUCUCUAUUCUUUCGCCAAAAGAGGUCAGCUUGGAUUCACGGGUGAGGGAAGUCAUCAACCAAAGCCUGGCAGAGCCCAGCAGUACGAUGUAUGAGGAGGCCCAGCUUCAGAUCUACACCCUCAUGCACAGAGACUCCUUCCCCCGGUUUCUCAACUCAUCUGUUUACAGGGAUCUCCUUAACAGCAAGAGGGCCUGCUUAGACACCUAGGUUUCAGCAAGAACAUUUGUGACAAAAAAGCCCCAAGGUGCCACUUUCAAAAGGUGUGAUGUUUCUUAUUUCAAGAGUGAGUAGUUAAGCAAUUCUGAGCAUCCACUAGUGACCCUGAAGUUCAGUUCUGUUUAAGUGCCAAUAUGAGCUGCUCAGGCAACUGUGACACAGAAAAAAAAACACAUGUAGGAAAUCUGACAGAUCCAUACUUCCUACUUUAAACUUGCUUGUCUUUUUCAUUCACCUGUUUUGUCUCUUUUGACUCCUCAAAUCUCCUCUCUCUUCCUGUUUACAUCACCUGUUCUCUUUCUCUCUGUGUGUUCUUUCUACCUGAUCCUUUCCAUCUUUUAAUGCCUCGCAUAUCUGAGGACAGCUGAAUAAUGUUAUUAUUAUUAUCAUUUUUUAAAGAAAAUCAAAAAACAACGGAUAAGCGGUAGAUGUUAAGCUAGAAAACCUUUGCAUGAUACAAGGUUAUGGAAUUUACUCCAGUUUGACAUUUAAGCCCCGGUCUACAAGGUUUUUUUUAUUU